UACAUUCUCACUGUUCAUCAGUUUCAACAUAGGCCUCUUUGGUUGCACAAAUUUUUGCAAGUGGAUGUGACCGUGCCGUGACAUUUCUUGCUUUUUGAUGUGUUGUGAUCUUACUGCACGUGACAGUAGGUAGAAGCAACGUUGCAGCUUCACCAGCUGCAUGUAUGUUACCUUGUCAGGGAAAGUUUCUGUUGACAAUUCAAACAUUCACAAGCACAUCGCUAAAGGUGGACAUCUCUUGUGUAUAAUAUAAAUGCAGACUGGUUGCAUGGAUAAAGUCAGUAGUUACUUUAAAGACUGUUGGAAGCCACUUUUCAAAGGGAAAUCACACAACCGGCCUAGCCAUGGUGAUUCGCCUGCACCAAAUGAACAACCACAAACCGAGCGUGAAGAGCCCACAGAAUGCGUAGAAGAAGAAUCAGGCCUAUUGGAUUUAACUGAUGUGUUUGAUGCAUUCAAGAACGAAGUGGAAGAGUCUUGGCAGAAUUAUUCCAUCUCUCCGAUUUGGAGUGGAAGGUCAUUUGGUGAUGAUUUUUCAGAUCUUGGUUCAGAAGAAGAUUCAAGGACAGUUGUCAUUGCAAAACAUUUAUUGAGGCAUGCAUUGUCAGUUUCAGAAAUCUACAACCACUUCCUGCUACUAGACCCUAAAAGAUGUUGCCUUCCAUCAAAUACAGAAGUCAUCUCUAGUAUUCAAAGCACUGGAACACUGAGAACAGUCCAGAAAGAUGGAGUGGAAACUCGAAGGCGUGCUGUUCCUAGAGUCCAGGCUCCUGUUAUACCAGCUGAUGUCUUCCUCGAUAGUCCAGAAAAGAAUCUGUAUAAAAGGGUUCUGCUUUGUGCAAAGUAUCCAGUGCUUUCUUCGCCAAUCUCCGAGCCCUCUGAUACCCCCAUGGCUACUAGUGCAACCUCAAAAGCUUCACCCAAUCUGGAUGAUAGUGUCUUGAGUCCUACUGAUAAAAUCUCUAUUGAGCCGGAGAUGCUGAUGACGUAUAUACGAGAAUCGUUUGGUAUAACAGAGAGAAUUCACGAACAGUACUUAAACGAAGUGAGACAGUCAAUUCCAAAUGGAAGCCAAAGUAGGCUUCUUCUUCGUGAGCUUCAAGAACGUCUUUAUCAACUUGAGACGAACCAGCAUUACUACUACAAAAUCGGGUGCUUUCUAGACAGAGACGGAUAUCCAAGAUGGCGCAGCAGGGAAAUCGAUUUUACAAAAAAGCUUAUUCGUAAGUUUUGGAAAAGUGAUAUCCCGAGGAAUAUUGGUAGCCAAGUCCGUCACAUAAACGGUCAUGAGGAAUACAAGCAGUUGCAGGACAAGUUGUUUAAAUAUGAAAUGAACAAUCGACGCUCUACGAAUGAUGGAAGCCUUUAUAAAGAUGACGAAGUUGUAUCCGUCUUUCCAGUGUCUUCAGCUGCAAGAAAGCUCUUAAAAGAGUUUGGCUUGCGUUACGGAGUUUGUAGCUUGUACCGGCAGAUAACGUCUUUGGUUUGCCUUGCAGAGAAUUUUGAAUAUUGUGGCUGGUACUUUAAAUGUGUUACUCAAGCGAUUUUCGAAAUGAAGAGAUCGUUACAGAACUACUAUGAUAUCUUGGUUCAUGAUGAGCAAAAUUGGAAAACUAUACCGGUCUUGUGUUUGCGUUUUCCUGUUUGGCCUAAUUCGAUCCACAACUGGUGCCGUAUGUUGAAGAAUGCACUGAACUUGAUUCAUGAGCAUAUCGGUCAUACUUUGCGAAAUGCACGUAAACUUUUUCCGUCAAAAAUUCCCUUUGAUGUUGUUUCUUGGAUAUUGGAAAUGUUAAAGGCCAUCAUUAAAAUGGAGAAAGACCUCGGCAUGGAAAAUUAUGACGACUUGGAAACGGAAGAGCAACAAAUUCGUAAUUAUUUUCAAGAAGCUGUGGAAAUCGGAUAUAAUAGGGUCAAAGAGCCAGAGAUGGUUUUCACAAACAGUGUCAUUACAACAAGAGUUCUACGAAAAUUGUUAUUAGAUCUACGACAGGAGCUUGAAUUCUACAAAGAAUUUGAAAAUCAAUGCCCUGAUGUUUCCAGGUACAUGGAUGUCACUAAUUCGGUUUCUAAAAAGCUGUACACUCUUCUGAUGAAGGACACAAAGAACUACUUCAUUAGUAAAAUUGAGAAUCCAGAGAACCAGUUAGAAGUUGACUUUAAAGAUCUCAGACUGGCCUACCUUUUUGCGAAAUUGGACAAGGACUGGGAACUAUAUAUAGCCCCAAGCAUACAAAAGUGGAGAAUAUACAUCAUGUUUGAAAUCAAAAGAAUUAUGCGUGAAACUGUCGUUUCAGCCAGGAAGCUAUUGCGUGUGUUUAUUCGAAAAGACGAGCUAAAGACGAUCGCCUUUAAGUUUCCAAACAUAGAUGAAGAUACUAUUACGUCACAUUCGUCGAGAAGUACUUUAACAAACGCUGCUCCUGCCACACCUUUAAGUGUAAGUUCGGUUUUGCAGUCUCAAACAUCGGCUUUCGAAAGGAUAAUGCCAAGAUGCGACACCACAGAUUCUAAAUCGACCGUACAAACUCAUAAAACCCAAAGAUCUGUUAGUGAUGCCUCAAAUCAAAAUGGCGCAUCAUCCUCUUCCAAUCGAUUACCUUGCGACCGUGACAAAGGCAAAGUUUCUUCUACAAAUGAUGGCAAAACUAAAGAUAAAGACAAUGUCACGUUUUUGCCAAUAAAUCGCAAGCCUUCAGUACAGAGUGCCAUUGACAGUGAACAAACAAGCCCUUCGUUUCAUAGUUGUAAAGAUGACUUGCCCUUUACACCAGCCUCUCAUACAGAAGCUGAUGAUAUUUCUUUCGGGUCUUCACAAUAUGAAACUCCAUCAGAAGGUGAUGAGGCCUCGUUGAUUUUUCCUAACUCCCAAGGGAUAUCGUAUGCUUCCAAUGAAGGUGAUUUCGAAAGUUUUAUAAUCCAAGACUCAUUAAAAGCGGACUGGAAAAUUGAAAACCCUGAAGCUUUUGCUAGGGAUUUUUUAGAUGACCUCAUUGCUAAAGUGGUGUUAAUUAAAGAGGGGAAGACAGAUAUGCAAGAUUCAUUAUCCGACAAGUUUGCCAAUCUCAGCUCAAAGAGUUUCAAAAGACAAGGAAAUCAGAAGACAGGGCAUCUUUCUGUUGAUACCGGUUAUAUUUCGCUGAUUAGUAAUUCAAGUAAUCCGAGUCCAUUAUCAGGUCAGAUUCCUCAUCCGGAUUUGCUAGCCCCUGUCGCAGUGCGGCCUACUUGUAAAGAAGACUCUAAUUUUGAUAAAUUAAACCUUCAAAAAUCGGAAAACUCGAUCGAAGACUCUAAGUUGCUUAGAAAUGGUUCAGUUCCAGCUAUUGGUAGCCCGGCAGUAAUUACUGAAGACAAUUCAUUGAAUAAAUGUUUCGAUAACGUGCACGAGAAUGGGCAUGUUGAAACAAAAUCAAAGAGAGGCGAAUCCGAUAGUACUGUGUAUACUGAUCAUUCUACAGAAAUAAGCGACCGUCAGACGUACUGCUCUCAAUUGACACAAGACGUAACUUCUGAGUUGACACAAGACGGCACAUCAGUGCUUCAGACAUCAACGGAGUCAUCAGAGCCGCGCUCAGAAGUAAGCUCUGAUUGUGUACCAGAAGCAGGCCAAAUUCUGAUAUCAAGUUCUUUAGCAGACACGUUAAUAGCAGUAUUUCGUUUAUCUGGCUUUUACAGCAAACUCUGUGAACUUCUUGUCCCAGAAACCUGUCACGAACGUUUUAUCAGUGAUCUGCAAAUGCUUAAGAGUGAACAUGAAGCAUUCAGAGACCACUUGUAUAAUGGCCUUAUGCAGACAAUCAACAAGACCUUGGUUACCUACGCGGAUGGCAUUUUGGCCUUGGAUAUUUGUGGUUGGAAUGAAGAUGAUUUGGAGAACAUACUUGGUCAUCAGCUAAUAAGGAGACUGAGAGAGGAGCAAAAGAGUGGACUCAUCAGUGGCUGCCGUCAUGAUCUGAGCAGAAGAUUGUCUGAUGAAGCUCGUCUUGAAGGUAUCUGUGUCAAUUAUUGCCCUCAGGUUGCGAGGGUGAUAAAGUAUUGCAUUGGAGAAUGGGAGACUAUUUCUGCGAAGAUCUGCACACGGCUAAACAACAUCAAGUCGUUGAUAGAUGUGAUGCCAAUGAUUGAGUUACAAGCAAAGCGGGCGUUUGGAACCGAGGAUUCAGAUUUGAAGGGUAGUGAUCUUACGGAACCUGAGCUUGUUGAUUGCCGGAAAGACCUGCAAGCUGUUUGGGAGUCACAGAUCAGUAUACUUGCUCAAAGGAUUGCCACAAUGUUUGGUAAAAUCGUUGAUGUGCUGUGGACUUUGGAUUUGGUACUGGCAAAAGAUAUACCUUAUGGAGACCAACUGAAACCACUCUCCGUGUUCCUAGAAUGUCAAUUGGUGAUUCUUAGGCAGAACUUGUAUCCUGUUUCAUUGCGGCGAGUUGUGGAAGACCUGUGGCAGAGGAUUUUGGUUCUGUUUCGUGGGUUUGCUGACAAGCUGAGAGAGACCAAAGUAGAACCUUUCAAAGAGGCCAAAAGAUGCAUUCAGCUUAUGACUAUAUGUUUAAAGCAUUUGGUGGUUGAUGCACAAACGGAUGCCAAGCUAAUGACUAAAUGUUCCCCAAUUCUUUCCCGCUUCCGGCUACACUUUUUCAGUACUGAGAAACUGCAACGGGUGCUCGAUGUGUUCAGAAAAUUGGAAUCUGAUGGCCAGGCUUUUAUGUUUAGUUUAACUCCAAAAGAAAUUUUGCUUGACCUGCUGUCAGCUGGAGGGCUUAAAAGGGUCUUCUCGGGUGCGGAUUUUGUAAACUCACUUCUUGAUAGCAAAAUUUGGUUGCCACAGUUCGACAAUCGUCCAACUGACGAAGAAGCGGCUAUAUCAAUUGGCAACGAGUUGCUGAAUGAUGGAAAGAUUACUUGUGUUACAAUACCUUCGCAUGAAGAAUCAGGAAUCCGUACUGCUAGAAGUCGGUCAUGCAUCGCUGGCAUAAUCGAAGCUGAAGGCGUACGAUUCUGUCUUUUCGCAGGCUCUGAAGAUGAGAAUGACACGGACUCCCUAACUAGACAAGAAGGCUUCCAGAACUCACCAGAUUUCAUCUACAAAAUCGAGGCUGCUGCUUGCAAUGUCGGUGAUCCAGAAAUCAUUAUUUGCCGCGUUAUAAGACAAGCAGGCCUAUCAUUUUCUCUCACGAUCCAGCAGGAUGUAAUCAGUAUACUGAAAUACAGAUGUCAACAGGAGAAUGACCAGCGUGCUAAGAAUAUUUUAAACACCAUCUCGUCAUCUGCUAUGCGCCCCAAGGCAUCUUCGUGGCCUCGCUCUUGACUCGGGCCGCACAUUUUAUUGAAUCAUGCGUGCAUUUCAUGCAAAUUGAUGUGUGUGCCACAUGUAGUUUUGAUUUGUCAAAUAUUCGACUGUGAGUUUUUUAAAUAAGUUUAGGCAUCUUUUAUGUAAACAUUUAGUGUUGAAAAUUAUCGGCUUUUUUCAGCCGUUCAUUCGUGUAGAUUGUUGGAUAAUUGCGCUUCUCAAGAUUUAGAUUACUUAUAGUUUCUUUGUCAAUUCAGAGCAGAUUUUGGAACGUGAAAUGUCUGUCGAGAAAAAUAAAAAAGUACUUACCGUUAAAGCUCUAUUAAGUCGCCCCUUUCUUAUAAGCCCCUCCCUAUUUAGCCCCCGUUAUGAAGCAAAAUUUUGAAUAAAGCCCCCCUCUUUAGCCCCUAAUGUCAAACAUGAAUUGGAUGUGAUGUGAUGAUAUAACAUCAUGUGCAUUAAAUACAGCUAAUGUAAAGAUUUACUUGUGUACCUUAGAAGUCAGUCGAAAUUUGUUUAGAAGAUGUUCCAAGAUUGUCAAUUGACCCUGGUGACUCUGAUGAAGACUAGGGCAUUUUAAUUGAUUAAUUAUAAUAAGGUUUCGAAGCUACUAAUAAAGUUUUUGGAGCUUUUGUAUGACAUUUUUAUAACGAAAAGUAAAUAAGGGCAUUCAUGAAACAUUUUUUACUUUGAACUAUUAAUAAGCCCCUUCUCUAAUAUGUCCCCUCUGUUUAAAGCCCCCCCCUAGGAUUAAAAAAAAUGAAUACCCCCCCCCGGGAGGGGGGGGCUUAAUAUAAUUUUUACGGAAGUAUAACUUUCAGCUUAGACAUUUUAUGAAAAUAAUUCAUAGUAAUAGAUUGAUCAGAGUUUUUUAGUGUUUAGAAUUAAUUUUAUGGGCUACUCACAGGAAUUGAGGCACAUGACCUCCACAUCCUAUGUAUAUGCCUUCACAAGAAAAUCAUCGUAUUUCAUAUUUGCCGCGUUGUUGUCGCAGCCUUGUAUUCAAUACGAGGUUUUAAUCCGACACUCAUUGCAAAAUGGCAAAAAGCUUUUAUCAAAUCUAGAAAUUUCAGGCUUAGUAAUCUAGAAAUUGUAAGUUUAAAUUAUCAAGAGUUUGCCUACCCAGGCUAACAUUUUGAGGGUGAUAAAUUUGAUUUUAGAUGUAUAAUUUAUAUUCCUAAGACUGUGUGAUUUAUAAUAUUGCAUGUCAAUAGUAACAAGUACUUGCUUUGUAGAACAAGUCUAAAAGUUGCGUUUCCGGGUUUUCUUUGAUUGAUUGGUGCCCUGGCCACCCUGAUAUUCGUCAACCGCUUCGUGGACAGUGCCUGUACAAUGGAAUGAUUAUCCAGUUCUCUUUUCUUGGGAUUGUGCUUGGGAAUGCCCUCUAUCAAAAAUUGCACUUUGGUUUAUUUGGUAGAUAAUUUUCAACAUUAAUAGGUUUAUUGCACUUUCUAGAGUCAAUAUGUUUGUUAUUAUCAACUCUAUUAUCAGGCGAGUCUCCACCGAGGUACGAAUAUUCGAUUGGCCUAGCAUCUGACCUGCUCCGAAUCCGUGUAGUCUGUAAUGUAUGAUUUUGAAAUAAAAACGAAAUAAAAGUUUGUUAAUAUAUGUUAAUAUGAUUUCCUAAAGAUAUGCCGGCUGAGCCA